AUGAAGACAACCAUAGUAACCUAUAUCCAUGGGCUACUAUUUCGAAAAAAGGAUCUAACUUCUCGUCAGCGAUGGAUACUUGGCCUCAUUGACCUUGCGCUUGUGGUGGUAUUGUGGGUGCUACUGAGCUUUUUGGUGAAUACAUUGGCUGACGAUUAUGAUUACAGUAAGCCUUUCUUCCUUACUUAUAUCAACACUUCGCUGUUUGCCUUAUACCUUAUACCAUAUUUGCACUCGGAAGAUAUCACAAUCAAAGAGUUCAUACACGAUCUGUGGUCAGCGAUAACUAAGGGUCGCCGACAACGCACCCACUCGCGAUCACCACUGCAUCUGGUUCCUAUACGACGUUUACUGAGUCCCGAAUAUGGGUCACAGGAGGAGGAGUCAAUUUCAGAGAACACCGCGGUUGUCGUCAAACCAUCAGCUACUGUCGGUUUCUCACAAACAAUAUGGCUCCUGUUUCAAUUUGCGUUGCUUUGGUUUCUGGCAAAUCUUGUCACGAACGCAAGUUUGUCAUAUACCCUGGUAGCCUCGCAAACAAUACUUUCGCUGACACUGCUGUUCUUCACAUUGUUGAUCGGAUACCUAUACAAAGUAGAACGUAUAAACAGGUAUAAGCUUGCGGGAAUUUUACUCAGCUUUAUUGGAGUACUCAUCGUGACAGAAGUGGAUGCACAGGACGAUACUAAUCGUCAUCAUGAACCAGUUGUUAUUCUAUUUGGCAACAUGCUUGCUCUCACUGGAGCGGUGAUAUACGGCGUUUACACCAUCCUUUUGAAGCUCAAGACAACCAUCAGUGGUACAACGGAGGAACGUGAGCUCAACACGCAUUUGUUUUUCGGAUUUGUUGGAGUUUUCACACUAUUCAUGUUGUGGCCGAUACUCAUUUUAUUGGAUUUGAGUGGGUUUGAGACUUUCGAGUUACCCCCUACCUUAACUAUUGCUUCCAUUCUUCUUGGCAAUACGUUUAUCACAUUUAUUAGUGAUUUCUGCUGGUGCAAAGCAGUGUUGUUAACGUCUCCAUUAACAGUAACUGUCGGCUUACUGAUGACAAUUCCAUUAGCAAUGGUUGGAGAUUGGAUUUUCAAGCUGUUUGCUUUCAAUUGGUGGUACAUGUGUGGCGCUUGUGUGGUAACUCUUGGGUUUUUGAUUAUAAAUCGUGAUGAAGAGGCGGAUUUCGUUCAAGAGGAUAGGGAUUAG